AUGGAAGAUCACAUCCACAACAACACUAGAACAAUAAACACCAAUUCUACCACGUGCUUAAAACUCUUUGGUUUCAGUGUCCACGAAGAAAACGACGACCCAUCACCACUACCACUAUUUGAAGAAGCUACCGGAAACACUUCACCUUCUGGAUCCAGUGAAUCCGUCAGCGGAGACGGUGGUGCUUCAAGUUUAAACCCUUCCUCCGGCGACCGUAAAUACGAGUGUCAGUAUUGCUGUCGAGAAUUCGCAAACUCGCAAGCACUUGGCGGACACCAAAACGCGCACAAAAAAGAGCGCCAACAGCUCAAACGCGCACAGUUACAAGCUUCACGAAACGCUGCCGUUUCGUUUGUUCGAAAUCCGAUAAUCUCCGCCUUUGCACCGCCUCCACAUCUGCUUGCUUCGCCGGGACAAGUUAUGAUGCCGACUGUUCCUCCGUCGUGGGUCUACAUGCCGCCACGUACAGCGCCUCCUCCUUUCCACGUAUCAGUUUCACACGGUUGCACUUUCCCGUCGGUGAACAACAGCAACUGUAACGCUGGUGGAGGUGGUAACAGUUAUAGCUUUAUGACAAGUGCAAGAUCCGCAGGUGCAGGUUUAUUACCGUGUGUUAGCGGAGUAGGGGAUUCUUCAGCCACAUUGUCAACUAUGGGCUCACAAGCACAGAGCAUGGCCCAGUUUGGGAAACUUGAUGGGCCAUCUUUGAGUAGGUUCUCAAAAGGAGAUGUGGGGCCCAACUUUGAGGAUGGGUUCGGUUUGGAUUUGCAUCUUAGUCUAUCCCCGCCUUGA